AUGGUACUGGGACACAGCAAUAUAGAAGGAAUUAAUGCCAAUGUUAACCAUGAAGCAAAAAGGGCAUUAGAUCUAACCAAUACACCACUCCAGAGUCUGAACUCAAUAGUUCAGAUCAUAAUUUAUAUGGACAACAAUAUUAAGAUUAAAUGUCAAGCAAUCGGGUAUGAAAAUGAAUCCAAGCUAAGGGAAAUCAAAAACAGAAUACACCAUUGGAAAAACCCUGAAUUAAAUAGUAAAGAAUGA